UCCGUCAUCAGUUAUAUACUUCCGGUAUCGCUGCAGCUCGCUAGCUGCUAACCUGCAGCUAACUAGUCCCGCCGACUAGUCCUGACCUGGACUAGUCUGAGAGAUGUUGAGCGGCCGGACGGGCGCGGUGGUCGCGGGGCUGUGCGGCGUCCUUUUCGUCGCUUAUUGCAUUUAUUUCGACAAAAAGCGGCGGAGCGACCCUCGCUUCAAGGAAAAACUCCGCGAACGGAGAAGAAAAAACAAGGUUUCCAGUGACGGCCGUGGACUUGGGAGGCUGCCUGACUUGAAGGACGCGGAUGCAGUUCAGAAGUACUUUCUGGAGGAGAUCCAGCUGGGAGAAGAGCUGCUGGCUCAAGGUGAAUUCGAGAGAGGUGUAGACCAUCUGACCAACGCCAUCGUGGUGUGUGGUCAACCCCAGCAGCUGCUUCAGGUUCUCCAACAGACGCUGCCUCCUCCCGUCUUUCAGAUGUUGCUCACCAAACUGCCCACCAUCAGCCAGCGAAUAAUCAACUCGCAGUCUUUAUCAGAAGAUGACGUGGAAUAACUUGGUGUGACAUGGCGGAGUUUCAGACACUGAUACUCAUCUGUAGCUCUGAAUGUAGUUGUGAACCAGAUCACAACUGGACUCGAUCAUCGUGUGACAAUCAUCCCCUCUGUCACUGCGAUUGAAGAACUUCACCAGGGUCAAGUUUUUUGAGGGGAGGGGGUAGUGAAUGAACACAUUCCUUCUUUUGAAUCUCAUUCCCAUCAAAUAUCAUUAUAUAUUUCCACCCGUUGUAUUUAUUUCCCUCAGAAGUGACCUUGUGGAGCUGAAGGAUGGAGUGUGAUGCACUAAAUUACCAUGUUUGUAAAUUUGUUAUAUAUGGGUGUGGGACUCAUAGAUGUGAGAUGUGUGUGAAGAAAAUGAUGUAUUCUUUGUUUUAUUGAAAAUUCUCCUGGAAUGUCUGUAAAGUUCUUUUUUUAUAUACUGCAGUCUGUCACUGUUAGUGGUGUUUUUGUCUCUGUGAAAAAUCCCAGAAUAAAUCAUGCAAAUACA